AUGCUAUCUUGGCUGCAGACAAUUUUUUGUUCAACGCAAAUAUUAGAUGUUAAUUCAUUAUUAGAUCUAGAAAAUACAUUAGAUUUCUUAAAAGCAUUUGAAAAAAAAGAAUUAUGUGAAAAUGAAGAGAUAGAACAAAAGAGCCAAGAUUUAACUAAAACAAAAGAUAAAAAUUUUUACGAAAACCAAUCUAAUUCAAAUUUAUUAGAUGAUCUUACAAAUUUUAUAGACGAAUGUUUUAACAAUGGAUAUAAUAAUGUUGAUUACAAUUUAAGUACUAAAAUGUUUUCAAUGACUUCUGAAAGCAAUUAUAUGCCACAAAGUAUCAUGGAUAAUCAAUAUAUUACUAAUAAAUGUGAUAAACAAUUUCGUACAAUUAAACAACUGAGAAAUGAUACAGCGGAACAUUCAUAUAAAAAUGAAUUUUGCAAAAAUAACACUAAUGUAUUAUUACGCAGAGCUCAUAAUGAUUUAUUACAAGAACAAUAUAUCGAUUCAGAAAACAACACUUCUUUCCAGAAAAUUGAUAAUAUUACUGUUUUAUCAGAUCAUCAGUCUUACCAUAAAAAGACUAAUUUUAUUAAUAAACCAAAUUAUGAUCAAAUCAACAUACCAUCUAAUAUUUAUGAUUCACUGAUUAAAAACUUAGAAAAUAGUAAAUAUUCCAUUUAUGUUUGCAAAAAUGAAAAAAACGUAAAAGAUAAAAGGAAAAAACUAAAAAUCAAUAAAGUAUCUAAUAUGCAAAUAAACGGUAAUGAAAUUGCUUUUAAAUCUAAAAGCGCAAAAAGUAAAGCCUUAUUUCUUUCUAAUCAAUUUAAAGAUAAUGAGCGUGAACUUUUUGAAAAAUACAAACAAUCCGAAAGAAGUUUUAAAAAAUUUUCUAAACUUAUGAUUAAGAAUCGAAUACCACAAGUUAUAAAAAGACUUAAAAUAUCUAACUUACCUACUAACUUAAAGCUUAAAACAAUUCUUACUUUAACUAGUCUUUCACAUUUUUUAAAUACUAUUAAUUCAAUUCAUAUAAAGAUAGAGCGAAAAUCAAUACAGAUUUUUUUAUCAUCGUUGGAUCUAGCAUAUGAAAAAAUUAGCAAGUAUGCCGACAUUCCUACAAAACUUUUGAUUUUUAAAUCAAAUUUUAACGAUUUACAUAUGGUUGGCAAUAAAUUCAUUUGUCAGGCUAAUUUUGAUGUUUAUAAAAUUGAAUGCUUGCUAAUUUAUAUCAAUGAGAGAUUUAAUUCUUUUCAACGAAAACUUAUAAAAUUGAGAGAUAUUUUUGAACAAAAAGAUAUUUACAAUUAA